AUGGAAAGCGAAAAAGUAAAAUUUCUUUUAAACUGGAAUCAUUUUACUGAUCAUUUGUCAUCAUGCAUGACAAAAUUAAUGACGGAUAUUUCAUAUUCCGAUAUAAUAAUAGCAACCGCUGACAAACACAUGAUUUACUCUCAUCAGUUUGUUUUGGCCAACAGCAGUAAAUAUUUUCAAAAAUUAUUGAGGAAUAUGAAAAGGAGAAGGGAAAUACAAUUGGUUGUAGCUUUACCAGAAAUAAAAUAUGACAUUUUUAAAAUAUUAAUGAAUUAUAUGUACAAAGGAGAAACCCAAGUGCCUCAUGAACUCCUUCCUUCUGUAAUUAAAGCAGGACAAUUUUUAGAAAUAAUAGGUUUGGUUAAUUUAAGUGAAAGUUUAGGAAAUGGAAGUUCAACUAAAGAAAAUUUUUCAUCAAACGAAACGAGAAGCUCAAAUAAUAAUACCUCAAGUCAAGGACAUGAAAAUAAGAAAUCAACAUUGAAAGAAAAAAUUCAAGUGAAGGACAAUGAAAGUGUUUCAAUGAAAACUUUAUCUAAAACUGAAAAAAGAACGAAUAAAAAUCAAAAUUCAAAUGAAAAGACUGCUUUAACGGAAGUUUUAAAUGUACAAGAAAGUGGAAAAGAAAAUCAAACAAAAUCGGGGAAGACAAUUAGAGUGAAAAAUUUACCGCAAGAAAGUAAAAAUUUUGUACAAAUACCACUUAAAAGAAAAUCAUCAUCAUCAUCAUCAUCAUCAAAAGAUUGUAUAAAAAAAUCAUCUGCAACAUCUGAUUUAACAUCAUCAUCUUCGUCAUCCACAUCAACCGAAAGCUCACCUUCCAAAAAGCAUCAAAAAAGUUUUACAUCAACUCCUAUAGAAAUGGUUCCGAUUAAAAAAGAAAUUGAUAACGAUACUCAGGAAAAUGAACCGAUUUUAAAUGACACCAAAAUACAAUCGGAAGAUUCGACAGAAAUGAUAACUAUUAAAGUGGAAGAACCUGAUGAUAUUGAGGAAGUGGUUUAUAACGAGUUACAAUGUGAAUUCUGCCACGAAGUAUACACAAAUCCUUCAGAAUGGGUAAAACAUAUGACUGAACAACAUGAAGAUAGAGGCUAUCAAACAUAUAAAGAUUUGGAUAAAAGUGGAGGAGGUAACACAAUGAUUACAUGUGUUAUUUGUUCUUGUGUAUGCUUCUCGGCAACUGAAUGGGCAAAUCACCUUCAAAUGUGGCACACAGACAGAGAAUUAGCUGUAGCUAAUAUGACGGCACCUAAAAAAACUCAUCAUAAAGUUAAAAAAAAAUCUUGCAAAAGAAUUUUACCAACUACGAAUAAAUAA